AUGGAGCAAAAUCUACCAAUUAUUACAAGAAAAAUUCGGGACAUAGUACGUACUAUGUUCUUCUUGUUAAGGAAAGGCAUAUCCAAGGCAAACUUAUUGUCCGAAUUCAACUUGAUGAUCAAACGUGGCAAAAUUGCAGGGAAAGCCUUACAGAAUCUCAUAUUCCAUCACACUCACCACUGGUCCGCCGCCACCGUUCGCCGCGCCUUGUAUGAGUAUGGCCCACCAAAAGAAUACGAGUUCAGCUGCAGUAACAGCCCGGCUUAUUCUAAUCUCCAUCUUCCCUUUCACCUCAAUAAACGUAAACACAACCAUCAUGCCUAUCUCUUCUCCCCGCCACCGCCGCCGGCGACUGAGAAGGACGAUAUUGUUACCUUGACUGCGAUGGUGAGGACUUUGGAGACGCUUAAUAGGGCGGCGGCAUCACCUGCAUUGCCGGGGUUCGGAAAGAGCCCUAAGGUUAGGCAACUGAGGAUUACAGACUCUCCAUUUCCAUUGCAAGAUGUCAAUGAGGGGGACAAUCAUGUAGAUGAGGCCGCGGAGAAGUUCAUAAUGAAAUUCUACAAUGAAUUGAGGCGACAAAAUUAA